CGAAUUUGGAUCUUUAUUGUGCCAUGUCAUCGCCAAAUGGAGCAAAACAAAUGCAGCCACGAGUCCACAUGACAAAAGGGAGAGGUUAAGUUUAUUUUCCCAAGCCAAUUGCAAACCCUGGCUACUUUGGGUGCCUCCCUCUGCUGAGUCCCCGUAUAUAAACUGUUUCGCAACCAUGCCAACUGCAAACACAUACUCGAACCUUGGGACUGUUGUUACGCGCUUUGUUCACUGGGGGAAAAAGUCAACUCUGCAAACAUGACUCCCGAGGAAAGCUUUGGCUCCGUUGAGAAAAGGAUGCAGUCAGCAAGCCUGGCUCUGGAGGAGCUGCUUGUAACUGCUCAGAAACAGGACUGCCUGACUACUGGCAUCUAUGAAUCAGCCAAACUUCUCAACAUAGAUCCAGACAGCGUGGUCCUGUGUGUGCUGGCGGUGGACGACGAGGACGAUGUGGCGCUGCAGAUCCAUUUCACGCUGCUGCAGUCUUUCUGUUGCGACAGCGGCAUCACCAUCCUGCGUGUCUCAGGGGUUCGGCGGCUCCACCAGCUUCUGGGAGCUGAUGAAGCCAACAGAAACCAGGAAGGGUGCCGAGAUCUUCACUGCAUGCUGGUGACGAACCCUCAGGCGGACCACUACAGGCUGCAGGAGGUGGGGGUGUACUGCCAGGAGAGUCGGCGUAUUGACCAGUGGGUGCCUGAACUGGUCCUGCAGGACCGCUGAGGGGUCUUCGUGCUCACAGAAGCUUCCUGGGUUCAGAAAAAGAAUAAACGAAGGAUCUUGAUGCGCAAGUGGCAGUGGCCUAGAGUGGACUCGGCCUUGUAGGUCUACGCGGCGCAGACUGAAGACAAGCAGGGGCAAGAGAUUCCCAUUCAGUGACUGCAUGACACUUGAAAGUAAGACUAGCUUCUAAAAUCAGUGUCUACGGAAAAAGAAAAUCAGAAAAACAAACCAGUCUGACACACAGGCCACAUCAUUUCUUCGCCAGCUGGAAAACCGGGCCUCUGUUUGGGCACUCACAAUGUCGAAAGGCUUGUGGCACUGAUGAGUAAACGGAGCAGUGGGUUUGAUAAGGACUCAUCCACACCCAAGCUUACACCUGAAAUAUUUGUGUGCUUACUGUUUGGACAGAAGUGUGUAAAGGUGAAACUACUGUAUACCUGACAUUCCUGUGUGUGUGGGACUUGGGAGAGUCUCUUGAGGGAAAGGGUGUGUGUUUUUUUUAUGUGGUAUGCACAUACAUGUGUUUUCAGGACACACUGGGUGUGCGGCAUGUGCAUUGUUGAAAUGAGCAGCUGAACCCGUGGAGGAGUGGUCACCAUGGAAACACCAAAACUGCAUUACAUUGCAGGGCUGAAAAAUACAGUAGGGGCUCAGAACAUAAUGUGUUUCGGUUUAGAUUUGACCUCAUGUCGAUACAGACUGGACUAUAUGCCAAGCAAAAAAAACUGUCUUUAAAUAGCUAAUAUAAAUUAAACCAGCAUAUUUGUGCUCAUUUGAUACAAAGUAAAGUAGACACAUUUAUUUAUUGCAUUAUUAGUUUGCUCACUAUUUGUGGUUCAUUUUUU